UGCUGGAGAUGGCUUUCAAUGUGCAAUCAUUUGAAUACUAAAGGAUGUGGCGUUAGCGGCCAGGACCUCGCUGGGUGGCUCUGCGUAGCUCUCUGAGUGAACACAGGAAACUUUAACACGAUGCCUGUUACAGCAGAGCCUGGCGUUGCUGCAGUGCUCAAACUGGCUGGGUCGUCGCUGAAUGAUACAUUUUGAUCGACGUGGAUUUAUUGGUUAUCCUUUUCACCUGUCUCUUUCACUCCCUCUCUCUGGCUCUCUCUUGCCUACAAUGGCAUAGUGGUGAGAUCCACACAUUGCAGAAUUCCGUUGAUUGGUUAGAGAGUCAAAGGGAAAAGCAGGAUCAAAGUUCGCUGACAUGCUGCGGCAAUCAGGUGCGCAGUGAAAAGUAGGGGGAAAGAUGUCUGGCUGGGUUCUGCAGAUGGAAGAAAGAAGCAGCCGGGAACUUUUUUCAGGUCUGGAAGAGUCGUAGCUCUGUGAUUGUGUGCGUCCAUUUGGGGUUCGCGAAGGCUUGGUUGCGAGGCAAGACCAAUCAUUUGUCUUGAUUCUCUGGGCUGAGAGCAGGCAAACUGAGGGGGAUGGGACGAGCAAACCCCUCUAUCAAGACCUGAUCUAUUUCCCCAAACAAUUUAGUGUAUUCAUGAGGUUACGCAAAUUUGCAGGCAGCAAAAUGACCGUAAUCAAUUGAACCAGCGAGCGUGCAUCCAUGGCUCUGAUUAUUUGGAGAUCAUCUAUCAGCCUGAUGUCUAUGUAACGAGGAAAGGGGGGCAUUGAAUUACUGUUGAGUUUCACUGAGAAGUCCAUGAUCAUUGGGCAAGGGAGUUUGGUCAGUGAUAAUAGGGCUUCUUGGUCGGCCGACGGAAGUAUUUCACCAAACAUUAGGUAGCUGACUCUGCCCUGCUGAAAGGUGCUGUUUUGAAACUAAACCCUACACUGUCCAGGCGAUCGGGUGCACCGCGUUCUCCCUAAUCUCAUUGUUUUCACCUGACAAAGGAAAAAAAGAGGCGGACAAGCCACAGGUCCAAGAGGAUAAACUGAGCAUGGAAGUCAGGUACAAUCAAGAGACCGACGGGAUGGGACUGAAGAAUGGACUAAAGAAGGGAAAAGAUGACAAGGACUCUCACGGCAGCAUGUCCAAAAGCUUCCUCAAGGAGCAGCAGGACUCCUUUUCCCCAUCCGGGACAGUGGACAACUGCGAGAAGAACAGGGGGAGCACGGGGGACCCGGACUACUGUCGGAGAAUACUAGUCCGAGAUGCUAAAGGCUCCAUCCGAGAGAUUAUCCUCCCCAAGGGUUUGGAUUUGGACCGGCCCAAGAGGACCCGCACCUCCUUCACUGCAGAGCAGCUCUACCGGCUAGAGAUGGAGUUUCAGAGGUGCCAGUACGUGGUCGGGAGGGAACGGACAGAACUGGCCCGCCAGCUCAACCUGUCCGAAACUCAGGUGAAGGUGUGGUUCCAGAACCGGCGCACUAAGCAGAAGAAGGACCAGGGGAAGGACUCGGAGCUGCGCUCCGUGGUGUCAGAAACAGCAGCGACCUGCAGCGUGCUCAGACUCCUGGAGCAGGGCCGGCUGCUGACACCCCCGGGCCUGCCGGGCCUGCUGCCCCACUGCGGCUCCGCCCUGCGCCCCCCCUCUGUGGCCAUGGCCGGCAACGGCAGCAGUAGCAGCAGCAAUGGGGGCGGCGGCGGCGGCACAGCGGGGGGCAGUCCUCCUCUACCUGCCGUCACCAGCUCAGGGACAGUGGCGGGUCUGCAGAGCUCCGCGGCGGCUCACAGCCUCUUCAGCUUCCCCAUGCCCUCCUUACUGGGCGGUGUCGCCUCCCGUAUCCCCUCCAACCCCCUGUCCAUGGCCGGCUCGCUGGCCGGCAACCUGCAGGAACUCUCUGCCCGUUACCUGAGCUCCUCUGCUUUUGAGCCUUAUUCGCGGACCAAUGGCAAAGAAUCUAUGGACAAGAAAAUUCUGGAAUGAGGCUUUGUUUUUCUAUAGAUGGAUUCCUGUUUCCUCUCAACACAUCUUGGUUGUUGUCUUGGCUCUUACUGUCUUUGUUUGUUUUUUCCUCAUUCUCUUUCAUCCGUCUGUGUCAUGUUCUGUAGCAAGUCAUGUAUUCCAGUUGCACAUCUGGCGCUUUGUACAAGGAAGAAAACAAAGACCUACACAAGCUCAUCUAACAAAGACAGGGUGGCAGUGGAAAGAUUUUGCACAAAAUGUUCAUAUAGGACCUUGUUACAGAGAUCGAGAGAGAUCUGCAGAGAUUACUGUGGGAUCUUUCAGGCUACCGUGUAACUAAUGUUUAGUCCCAUCUAUUCAUCCAAAAUAAAAAUACACACAGGGGCCCAGAGAAUACGUCUUCUUCAUACCACAAAAGCUUGAAGAGAAGAGGUACAUAGUGUCUAUCAGAAAGGACCGAGAGUGUAAAGGUACCUUUCUGCAUUGUGUUUCUUAUUGAUUGUGUUGGGUAGAUGCAUGUCACUGACGUGAGUAGAUGUAGAGAAAGACAGCGGGUUGUCAAACACCUGAGCAACAGGUUGUGUGAUCCAAUCAGCAAAUCAAA